AUGAAUAACAGCAGUACGAUAAAUAAUGGUACCCAGGAUUUUCCAUCAGAGUGUCAUUAUCCACCGUCAACACCAGUGCUUGAAUGGAUAAAAAACGUUGUGUACUUGUUCAUUCUUCUUUUAGCCUUAUUUGGAAACGCAUCAAUCAUGUGGAUAGUAUACAAGCAAAGGCGCAUGCACACAGCAACAAACUACCUUAUAGUCAAUAUGGCGGUAAGCUGAACUUUAUUCUUUGAGCUAAAAGCGCUUAACAUUUUUUAAAGAAAAUUUAACUGUUGAGGAUAAUAUUUGUUGUAAAGCCCCGGUAAAUGAAGUCCAGCUGAAGAGUUGUUAGAUCUAUUGGGUUCGUUCAACUGAUGACCCUCCGAUUAUUCAUUGAUGUCAUUGAUUAAUCAUUAGCCACAUCAGGUGUACCUUGCCACGAUCCACUAACAUUUUGACGCAAAUCAAGGUAAAAUACAAGAUAUUUUUCAGGCGGGAUAAUGUGGUCUGUGACUUAAAAUCACUGAGACGUAACGUAAUUAUGCACUUCCCAUUUCCUGCUGCUGUGAUUGUCCUAGUUCCGUUUGACUGAUUUUUGGCGGGCAAAUCGUGUAUAUUAAAGAGGGCAAAGGCAAACUAGCUCUUUUUUAGACUGCAAACAAUGUUUUAGUUACCCCACUCCUUUUCAUUUUUUAGUUUCCUACUCCUCCACAAUUUUCUUAUUUCCCUUCCUCAAUUUUUUAUUCCCUCCUCCACAAUUUCACAAUUUUAAUAUUUUCCCUCCUCCUCCUCCUCAUUUUUAUUGUUUUCCCUCCUCCACCACCGCCACCAAAUGUCCAUUGUUUUCCCUCCACCACCACCACCGCCGCCGCCACCACCACAUUUCUGUUGUUUUACCUGCACCACCAAAUCAAGAACAAUUGUUGUUAAGUGAUUUGGUGGAGGGAAAACAAUAGAAAUGUGGUGGCGGUGUUGUUGGUAUUCAUAGGUUGGAGAUCUUUUCAUGGCCAUCUUCAGUAUGAUACCCACCACUAUCAGUAUGUUCCGUGGCAUCCACUCAUGGGUGAAUGAUGGUCUUUUUGGACAAAUUUCCUGCAAACUGCUUCUCCUCUCACAAGGAUCAUCGAUGGCCUGCUCAAUCAUCACUCUUACAGCCUUGGCUUUUGAGAGGUACUUUGCUGUCGUUUUUCCCAUGUUGAACGUCUUAACCACAAGAAAAACACGAUGGACGGUAACUCUUGCUUGGAUAGCCUCGUUUACAUACGCAUCACCAAUAAUUUAUGCUGGAAAGGUCCGACUUUAUAAAGGUGUUCCCUUUUGCAUUGAAGAUUGGGCUCCUGCGUUUCACCCUAAAAGAGCUCCAGCGAUUUACACCAUCGUUUCCUUUGUGUUAUUGUAUGCAUUACCACUUUUAGUGAUUUCGGUUUUGUACUCAAUCAUAAUCGCCAAAGUUUGGGCAAGGCACAUUCCAGGCAACGCAACUCCGGCAAACGUUCGACUCCUGAAUAAAUCCAAGAAAAACGUGUUAAAGAUGUUGAUGACAGUGGUUCUUGCCUUUGCUCUGUGUUGGUUUUUGAUGUACCUCAACUUGUUUUUGCAAGACUUCAGCGACAUUUUCGGUCCUUGUGGAAUUCCAGUGGGUAUGCAGACCACCGGGUUUUUGUUUGGUCAUGCAAACAGUGCCAUCAACUGCUGUAUAUAUGUUAUUUUCAGUCAGGAAUUCAGACGCGGAUUUAAAGAUCUUGCGACGCCUUUCUUUCGGAAAAGAUCGACUUUGCCUCUGGAAAAUACACGAAGAGCCACACUUGAUACGACUAGAAAUAGUCAGAAAAGCUCUCUCAAGCCACAGUCUUUCAAAGUUAUCGAAAAGACAAGAGUUUAG